GACGUCAUUACAACCGCGUGCAAAUCAAAUAUGGUGCCUGUCAGACUCGGUUGAAAGCGGUGUGUACGUUGGCGCAGUCUGCAACUCAUGAAUAGUCGACACGGCGUUUUGGAAGAUGUCGAGAUCGAUGAGCAAGAUGCUUGUGCGAAGUCUGCUUCUCUGCCUACGAGCCCGUAAUGUGCCGUGGAAGCAGUGUGAACGUUGUUACGCAGGGUACGCGGGCGCCGCUGCAGAAGGCCACCAUCACAAAUUGCGAAGAUCCUUCUUCUGGGGUGCCAACUGCGAGCAGAUUCAUUGCCACAGGACCACUCGGGUUGUAUGUGUGAAGACGUUGUCGACGGCUACCGAUGUCAAAUCUUGCCCUCAAACUGUCUGUAGGUCCGCGUUGUCCGAAACUAACGACAAGAUUCGGGUGCCUGUCGCAAAACUCCAAGGCCGUAUGCUGCUGUCGUUCCUUUGCAAACUCUGCUCAACACGAGUCACCAAGCUAAUUUCAAAGGUCUCCUAUGAGAAGGGCGUUGUCAUCGUCAAGUGUCACGGUUGCAGCAAGCAUCACCUCAUUGCAGAUAAUCUGGGCUGGUUUCCGGAACUCGAAGGGAAAAGGAACAUAGAAGAAAUCUUGGCAUCAAAAGGCGAAGCUGUCCGUAAAGCACUGUUGAAAGAUGAGAUCCUUGAAGUCACGGGUUCGUGAGAACUGAGCCGCGGCAGCAUCACGCAAGACCAUUUUUUUUUUUUUUUUUUUUUUGAAAUUGAGGAACUGCAGUCGAAAAUUUUUGAACAUGCAAAGAAGUUCUUUUCAAGAUCUGCAUUACUGUUUAAGGUGCUGCUUACUUGCAGGACCAUGAGUAGUCUGCAAGUUUUUACUUUGUUGAAUCUGUGCUACAUGCCGGGCCUAGCUGUUUUUUUUUUUUUUUUUUUUUUUUUUUAAUGCCUCCAGAAGAUUGAAAAUCAACCCCUCGUCUAUGUAGACUGUCAAAUCUUGGCAAAGUUUGCUUCCAAGCUUUUAUGUUGAACCUUGGAGUGUCUCACACAACACCUCUUAAAUUACUUUGCCUAAUCUAGAUACCUAGUACUUACUCAGUACAGCUGAAGUGCAUGAAUAUACUGUGUAAUUUCUAGCUGGCAAAUUUAUGGGAGCUCAUAGAGUUCUGCAAAAUUCAUGGUCUACAAUAAAGUUAUGACGUCUUAUA